UUUGCUGAUGUUUGCACAAGAGCGAAAGAAAAGGAGACGGCAGCUGAUGGUUGUUUUAGGUUGAGGCCGGGGCAGCACGGCCGUCAGAGAUGGCGGACAAGCAGAAAAGGAGGAGCCAGGACUUGCGGAGUCUCUGGCGGUCCUUCAAGGCCGCUCGUCUCCGCAAGGAGAGCGCCACAGCUCACGACAGGCUCUGCUCCUACCUCCGCCGAGCACUGAGCGAGGCUCCAACAACCCCUUCUCCCCCUCCCACCCUCAGAAACAAGUUCAACCUCGUUCCCAGCUGCAUUGCGUUUGCUCCACCGGACAAGGCAUGGCGGCUGGAGAAGAGACCAAAAGAGCUGGUGGAUGCACUAGAGGAACAUGCAGAGCUGCUCCUGCAGCAGCUUGGGUCCGAGGUUGUUGCCGCCAACCUCACUGGCGAGCAGGACUCCGUUGCUGGGCAACUGUUGGCAAAUUGCGCGGACUUUGCGACAAUCACUGCAAGACUGGCUGCCUGGCCGGCAAACUACGAGGCACUGGCACAGUCACACCUGACAGGGAAAGUCAUGAAACUGGCACACAACCUCUGGGCCAUGGUAAAGGAGAAAAUGUCGAAAGUGGUCAUUCGGCAUCUGUUUCAGGCUCUGAUCCAUUCCGUGGCAUGUCUCCAUUCCAUGCUGGACCCCCAGCGGGCCUGGAAAGAGUGUUUCCUACCAGCCAGUCUGGCCAGCACGGGAGGAAAAGAGGGACCCAGUGUUCUACCAGCCCCUGCUGAGCUAGUGCCUCUGUUUGUGUCUGUCUUGACUCAGAGCCAAGUCCCGCUCCAUUUCAACCUCUGUCUUCAGCUGUACUCUGACCUCCGGAAUGAACUGCUCCACAUGAUUGGGGCUCUCCUGUCUUCAGUUGAGAGCAAUGCACGAAGAGGAGCCUCAUCAAAUGUGUGUCUACCACUACUGACCUUUCUCGACCCCCGAGAAAACAUCUCCCCGCUUCAGACUCUUGCCGUUUCCACGGUGAUCAAGGCCACCCACGCACUCCACUGUCACGUCCCUGACGACCAACAAGUGGAGGUGGACGUUAACCUGAUGUUGUCAGGUUUCCUCAACAUCUUGACUCCAAGAUACGGAGAGGAAGUGCCGACUCAGCCUUGCUAUGAAAUGGCCAUUACCAUCCUCGAUUCCAUUCCCCUGUUGGUGGCCCCACCCACUGGGGCAGGACGGCUCCGUCAGCAGAUGGUAGACCUUGGCUGUCUCAUCAAGAUCACUGAACUCCUCAACACAAUCAGAGACUCCAUCAGAGAGGAUGGUGAUCGGCAGUGUGUCCUGGCGUGCAGUGUGCUGAAGAGUCUGACAGCCAUCGUGGAGGGGAGCCAGGCUCUGCGAGAGGGAUACGAGUCCACAGUCACCUACCACAGACUGAGACAACUGGUUACUGACCUCGGGACUCCGCCCUCCACACCCGCCCUCUCUCAGGCCAUCAAUAUGGUGGUGGAGGGAGAGUACGAGUACCAGUCCCACUCCCACUCCAUCUACAACACAUGGGCUCUGGCCAUGUUGCUACGUUGGUUGCCAUCACUACCAGAUAACGAGAGGGCGUGGCUUGCAGAGAGACUCUACGACCUCACCUUUGGUGCACACAAUAGGCAGCGUUGCUGUGGGGCGGGGCUUAUCACCGUGGUGACAGAGGUAUUGUGUGCUUCUCAGAAAGAGGGAGGAUUCAGCGAAGAGGUCGAAGUGCUGCUGGUCCACAUUCUGGAGGUGUUGGGGUCUCACUCCAUUCAGACUGCCGAGCUGAAACACAUCAUCGGUGCACUCCGACCUCUGCCACAUGGCCAGCUGCCAACCUACUACUUCAGUGUUCAAAAGGCUCUGAGUGUGAUGUCACAUGACAUCACUCACGAGAGAAUGGUCCCUCUCUGUUACUUUGACCUCAGAUCCAAAACAGCCAUCAUUUCCCUCCCUCCACACCUCCACUUCCCCUCCUCCACCUCCUCACUCUCGUUCCACACCUGGGUGUGUCUGGACUACCCCAGGACCACUGGCAGACUCACUUACUCCACCCCAGUCAGCAGAUCCACACGAAUUACUCCGACCUUUCCCUCUCUCCCUCGCAAGAGAAGAAGAAUUCUCUUCAGUUUCUACUCUGAGUCUGGAAAUGGAUUCGAAACUUUCUUCACAAACUCCCUCGUUCUCGUGGUAGCCAUAGCAACAAAGAGAGAGUUCACGACCCUGUGUCUCAGUGACUGUCCACUCACUCCUCUGGUCUGGCACAGUGUUGGUGUGGUGUUCCAUGGAGCCAAGAGACCGUGGCAGAAAGGAGAACUGAAGGUGUUUGUCGAUGGACAGCUAAAGAGAUCAGUUGCCAUGAAGUGUCCUAAUCUCUCUGAUACGUACAGACACUGCCACAUUGGGUCGGUCCCUCCGAAUUCUGGGUUCACAAGAAACGACAGCACAGUUAGCUAUCCUGACCACACCCCUGACCACACCUCCUUAUUUCCGGGGGCGAAACCAGCCCUGGACUCCAUACUAUCACUGGAAGAGGUAUUGCAACACAUUCGUAGUCAUGUUUUGUCGCCAACUUUCAAGAUGUAGUCACAGGAAGGAUUUGUGGUGGUGUAUAUCUUUGUGUGUUCACAGGACAGAAGUCACUCUCUGCUGCAGAGUGUGCCUCUGUCAGAGGUGGAGGGGGAGUGGGGGAGAGGAACCGCCAUGAGGGGUCUCCUCAGCUCCUUCUGUCUCUUCACCGACCACCUCUCACCCUCCGCCAUUAGGACUCUCUACACUAGAGGUCCAAAUGAUCUGUCCCUGUUCCAGCCCAAGUGUCCCGAGACGCGGGAAAUGGGCUCCAGACUGCUGGUCUACUACCACGCCAAGGCCUGUCGCGACACAGUGUGCAUGAACCUCUCUCCCUCCCCUUUCGCCUCCCCCGACAGCUCUAUGGAUGGCCAUUUCACCGGGCAAUACUAUGUCACCAGAGACGUGAAGGCUGCACUGAGCUCACUGGGUGGAGUUGGUCUUCUCUUCCCUCUCCUCGAGCAGGUGGCCACACCCACCUUGGAGAGGUGCGGUGAGUCGGCACGUAACUCCGCCCUCUCCCCCUCCCCACCCAUUGCCUGGUUUGACAGUCAAGAGGGUGUGGCCUCGUUCUUCAGACUCCUAUUAUCCAUGUUAGGGGGAUCCCUUACCAAUCAGCAGGUGUUCAUGGUUACUGAAGGUCCUGCUAUCCUCGGGGCUCUACUCCAGCAGGUCACCCCGUCACAACUGACGGUGCAGGCUCUGACUGUGAUACAGGAACUGGUGGCGUUGCUAAGCAACCACAACGAACAGUACUGGCAGCUUAUGCGACACCUUCUCUUCAACUUCCAUAUUUGGAGUUGUCCGGACUUCUCUGUGCGGAUCGGGCACACCAACUACAUUCUGACGGUUGUCAGGGACAACCUGAAGGAAUGUCGUGCAGAGUUUGGAGUUCACUAUUUUCUUGACGUCAUCAGAAUAUUCUACAGUUCAAUAGGGAGUCAUGUGACCACACCCCCUCAGGAUGACAUGGUGUUUCUUACAUCUGAAGAGAUGUCAAAUAUGAGAAUGGCUCUAUUGACCAUCAUAAAGCUGUACCUGAGUACUGAAGUGAGAGAAGAAGAUUUGGAUGCAGUGUUUGGGUUUGUGUCGUCGGCUAGCGACCAGAGAGUGCAGGAGGAGCUGCUGGAACAGCUGCUGUCUCUUCUGAGGUCUGCCCCGCCCCCUCCCGGCCUCCUCACCGCUCUCUGGUCCAGGGGACUCCCCCUACUCGUUCUAAUCAGAGCCGAGAGUAUGGCUGUCAGACUCAUCUCCAUCAAGAUUCUGUCCCAUCUCUACGUGAUCCAGGGAGGGGUGUCGGCCAGUCCUCUCCACUCAGCCCUGGGGUCUGGAUCUCUUGCUGCAGCGGUCUGCCAGAUGGCUAAUCACGCCCUCUCCUCCUCCCUCAUCAUUGCCCUGCUGGAGCUCUGCAUCUCCAGGCAACACAACUUUACUGAAUACAUUUCCAACUUCUCCAUCUACUUCUCUCUUCUGCAACUGCUGCGGAAUGCUCCGUUGGUGGCUCGCUACACCAUCUCCCAGCAACUCAUCUCCAUCCUCCACCUCCUCCCCACACACGUCAACGAGUUCUCCUCCUUCCCCGACUGGGUGGACAUGUUUCUGUGGCUUCUCACCCCCUUCUCUGGACCUCAGGAGGACGGGGAGGGUGGCGCGCAAGAAAAAGAGGAGAAGGAGAAGAGUUGCUACAGUUCAUUGGUGGAGAGGGAGGGAGAUGUGCCAGCUGUGAAGGUGGAAGAAGUGCCAGCUGUGAAGGUGGAGUGUGUGGGGAGGUCAGAGGGUGAACGAGCUCCGACUGGUGGAGGAGAAACGGAAGAAUUUCCUCCGUAUCGCAAAAGACUGAGUGCCUUUGUCAACUCUCCCCUCCCCUCCGCUGCUCAGGAACACAUCACUCCGCGAUGCAGCUCCGGGAGACAGCCGCGAUGCGAGCUGACCAGCUCCACACACACCGAGGGAGAGGACGUGUGGCAGACAUUCCACAUCGUCACGGAGACGGUGGGCUACAUUCUGUGGCAUUCAGUGGACUACAAGAGACACAGAGCUCCGUGGAAGGUGUGGGGCAGUGUCUUCUCAUCUGUGGACUCCUUCACCUCCUCGCGUCCUCUCCUCCUCCCUGCAUACCUCGUCAAACAGAGACUGUUCACCCUCCUGAUGAAUGCAGUGAGACUGGACGCUGAGGCCGGAGAGGUCGAGCGCAGUUGUCUACUGGACGUGAUCCUGCAGCUCUCUCUACUACUGGAGACCUUUGUCCUCUCAUCCUGUCCUCAUUUCACUCCUGACACAGGUGAAGAUGAUAUCGAAGCAGAACUACAGAAACUCUCUGUCACAAUGAGAAUGAACCUUGACUCCACACACUGCUCAUCUGAGUUGUUUGAGCACUACCUGGCCAUGCUGGGCAGUGCGGGGGUGUUCCAGUCCCGACUCCAUACCACCACUGACGUGAGACUGGGACAGUCUGUCACGAGGGUACUGCUGGCUGCUAUCUCCCACAGCGACAAGGAGGUCGGUAGGGGGUGUGGUCUAUUAACAACCUUCACACAAAACUUUAUUGAGGGGUGAAGUGUAGCCUCUGCUCCUUCCUUCAUUUUAGUUAUCACUUACAUAGUUAGUAACUUAGUGUAUUUAAACUGCCCCAUGCCUUUCUAAUGAAAAGCACUAAAGUGCAAACCCUCGGCACACUAUAUAGAAAUGUGGAACCCAUACACAAGUGUGGCACCAUCACAAUUGAUGGCCUUGACCAUGCAUCAAAAUGAACAGCAUGUUAUGCACUAUUUUCAUGGUCAAUAGGUUGAAAAAUUGCCCAGCCCCAUUCUGUUUGAGGCCCAAAAAAUAUUUAAGGUUGAAAAAUUGCCAACCUUUCAUCUCUCUACUAAUUUUCGUAUUACCCGUGGAUUGUUUAGUGCAAAAAAAAAAAAUUUUAAAAACCCAAGGUUGAAAAAAAAACGACCAGCCCUUCAUCUCUCCAG